GUGUUUUCUUUUAAGUUAUAUAUUGGGCCUGGGCCCAAAAUCUCAUCAGUGGUCUUUUAUGAUAAAUCCUUUCUCCUUUGGCAGUCAUAAUGAGAUCCUCCAAUAGGGAUUUCUGAUUUGCUGCUUCAAUGGGAAAGGGAACAGGGAGUUUCGGCAAGAGGAGGAACAAAACCCACACGCUCUGUGUGAGGUGUGGCCGUCGUAGCUUCCACCUUCAAAAGAGUCGGUGUGCUGCGUGCGCCUUCCCCGCGGCGCGCACCAGAAAGUAUAACUGGAGCGUUAAGGCCAUUAGGAGAAAGACUACCGGAACUGGAAGAAUGAGGUACCUGCGUCACGUGCCUCGCAGAUUCAAGAGCGGCUUUAGAGAGGGUACCGAGGCAACACCAAGGAAGAGGGGGGCGGCUUCCACUACCUGAGCUCUGAAAGGAAACAAUUUUUCUGGGUCAGUGAAUUAUAAGAGUUUAGGGUUUUGUGCUAUUUUUAAUUAACUUUUUUUUUUUGUUUUCUGUCAUCUCGAUUUUAUUUAAUAUGUAAUGGAUUUUUAUUUCGGCAUUUGAUGGAUUUGAUAGCCCGUGUUCAGUUAAUCAAUAUAGAUGAUAACACUCUGAGAUAUAACCCCUUUAAGA